GGUCCGGUUCGCGCUCUCCCAUGGCGGAGCGGGAGAAUGUCGCUGGUGUUGGGGCUGCUGUCGCACACGCUGAGCAGGGUGCUGUGGUACUCCGGGCUGCGUAGGGGCUGCCAUGCCCCCCGGAACCAGGCCAUGGAGCAGGACAAGGCGCUCGAGGUUUACGAUAUAAUCCGUACUAUCCGGGACCCGGAGAAACCUAAUACUUUAGAAGAACUGGAAGUAGUAACGGAAAGCUGUGUUGAAGUACAUGAGAUAGGUGAAGAUGAAUAUCUGGUUAUCAUCAGGUUUACACCAACAGUACCUCAUUGCUCUUUGGCUACUCUCAUUGGCCUUUGUUUAAGAAUAAAACUUCAGAGAUGUUUGCCUUUUAGACAUAAGCUGGAAAUCUACAUAUCUGAAGGUACACAUUCCACUGAAGAAGACAUCAACAAGCAAAUCAAUGACAAAGAGAGAGUAGCAGCUGCGAUGGAGAAUCCAAACUUGCGUGAAAUUGUGGAGCAGUGUGUUACAGAGCCUGACUAGUAGUUAUAAUACACGCAGAAUUAUCAUUUUGAUACAUUUCUUAAAAUAUCUUUGUUUAAAAAAAAAGAAAAUAAUAAUAAUCAAGGCCUUGAGUUUAAUACUUGAGUUCUUUUUAUCUUCCACAUGUUUUUUAAAAUAAAUUGUUUAUAAGAUAGAUUUAAAUUAUGAUGAAUUAGCCUCUAAAAUAAAGUGAAGUGUAUAGUGUUAAGAGUUUGUAAUUUCUGGUGUCCAGAGAAAUAUUUUAUGAUUAAAAAUAAAACAACACAUACGUAUUGCCUUCUGAUGGACAUUGUGGUAUCAAUUCAGUUUUGCAAAUUAAAUUUCUACAUUGU